UUCGACGCUCUGAGUUCUGCUAUCGGAUGAUCACGGGGGUGGCAUAAUUUUUAUUCAAGUGGCAAACGAUGGCCCAAUCCUCGCCGCGUGAAUAUUACUUCGAAGGCACUCAAGACGAAACGUUACUCUGUCUGGGCGACGAGCUCCUCGCUGAUCCCGACGCUAAGGUUGAACGAUGUGUGAUCUGCUACAGGAUUCCCCUGAGUCCCCGUUUCGUCUCGUUGGAUUGCCACCAACACAUCGUUUGCCCAGAGUGCGGCGCCAAAGUUACCAAUUGUCCGAUGUGCCGACGCUCCGCGCAGGCUCUGUUUCGGAAUCUCGAAGUUCGCAAGGCGAACAACAACGUCAAACUCCUGUGCCCCUUCCAUCAGUUCGGAUGCGCCGAAAUCUGCGGUGUGGAAGAAUGGAAAAUCCACAUUCGGGAAUGCCCCUUUGAAGGAGCGGCCUGGAAAGCCUAUCUGAAAGUGGGGUUGGGCGUCGCCGAGGACACAGUCAGUUCGUGUUUUUCGUUUCUUGUGAAAAAUUGUAGAAGAAUGAAACUGAAGACACGACUGAGGAUUUUCAGUAGUCACGGAAGUCACAUGUGCUAGGCGCGUUCGCUCCGUAUCCUCGACAGCGAGAAGGAACCGCUCCGGGGCCAGUUGACAAAAAAUCUGCAGGACGUCCGAAACCGUUCCACGGGUCCCAGUCGUUCAAAUGACGCUUCCCGCGACCCCGGAAUUACCGAUGGCUCCCCGGAGCUUCAUACGCGUUUAUUUAUCAGAAGAUCUGAGGGGACCGAGUUCCGUUGCCUCGUAUUUUGUGAAACCAACGAACUAACAAGUUUUUGCUACGCGAUCCUCUCU